AUGCGGGAGGGGAGGCCACACCGCAAUCAUAUAUUGUGUUCUGUCUCCUCGUUGAAGCUUUUGAAGCCUUGGCAGGUGCUUCAAGAGCGGGAGGUGUCCCUAGCCAAGGAGAAGCAAGUGCAGGAAAACGCACUACGGGACGUGACGAAGGCGACCGAUGUAGAGGUGGCCGGGUUGCGGCUCAGCGAACGCGCAGGUCGCCUCGCGACGAGAGAGAAGCGCAUUGCGGAAGAUGAAGCUGAGCUGUUAAAGCGGGAGCGCGACUUGGCGGCCAGGGAAGCAAAGCUGGAGGCCCGGCAAGAAGAGGUUGCCGAGGCUGAGUCCCGAAACAUGCACGAGUUCGCAGCCAGGAGGCGUUCCGUCGAGCAGAGAGAGCUACGAGCAGCCGAGCUCGAGAGUCGACUGGCGGGGGGCCCUGCGCCCUUUGCUUUCACUUGUGCUGCACGCAGUUCCGCCACUUCCGCUUCGUGA